AUGUCCGACCUGUUCCAAUUGACCGGGAAGAACGUCAUCGUUACGGGGGCCGCAGGAAGUAUUGGGACUCAAAUUGCCAUUCUGUUCGCAAAAGCCGGCGCAAAUCUGCUACUCUCGGACAUAUCCGACAAGUCACUUGAUGACCUGCGACAGAAUUUGGAACUCCAUGGCCCGCAUCCCGGUCGCAUCACAUACAAAAGUUGCGAUGUGUCGAACGAGAAUGAUGUAGCUAUGCUUGUGCAAGAGAUGGAUCAGCACGGUGGUGUGGAUGUGAUGCUAAACAACGCCGGUGUCUUCCCCUCUGAGGACGGCGACGCGGUAGAGGUAACGCAGAAGGCGUGGGACCUCACGUACCAAGUCAACGUCAAGGGUACAUGGCAUGGUUGUAAACACGCUGUUCUGAGCAUGCGCAAGCACGGUAAAACACGAGGGAGUGUCAUCAAUACCUCGUCAGUCGUUGGUCUCAUCGGGUCUGCGACUGCUCAGCUGGCAUACACCACCAGCAAAGGCGCCAUCAUUGCAAUGACGCGAGAACUCGCCAUAGUCCAUGCUCGGGAAGGGAUCAGGUUCAACGCGCUGUGCCCUGGUCCAUUGAACACACCUUUGAUGCAAGACUACUUGGGCACCAACGCGGAAAGAAGAGCGAGAAGAGAGAUCCAUCUACCUCAAGGGAGGUUUGGCGAACCUAUUGAGCAGGCCGCAGCAGCUCUGUUCUUGGCCAGCGACGCCAGUUCCUUUGUCAAUGCACAAGAACUUGUCGUCGAUGGAGGAUUAACAAAGGCAUACGUCACACCAGAAGGCCCAGCGCAUCAAAGCAUAGCUAACUUUGUUGUCAAAUAA